AUGGACUUCGUUAAUGACAACUUAGCUAAGUUGGAUACGGCUAUUGUGGCAAAACUUAUGGGGAGACGGAUCUCGUUCCCUUCCUUACUUAAAGAGCUUAAGCGUAGAUGGUACCACUUCGGGGACUUUGAGAUCAUGACCAUUGCACCCAAUACUUUUAUUUGUUUAUUUCAAAGUCAUGCUAUUAGAGAUGCGGUUCUUUCGAGUGGGCUGUGGAUUGUGGCCGGGAACAUCAUCGGGAUGGACAAGUGGACCUCCACUUCUUCACCAUCUUCCUUACAGGGGCUCCACUCUCCAAUUUGGAUCCGGCUACCUCAGCUAUCGCUUAUCUAUUGCGACAUUAACAACAUCUCCCGCAUUGCCAACGGAAUUGGUGAGCCCCUUUGGAUGGACUCGCACACAAGAACUUGGGGUAAGUCAUCCUUUGCACGCAUUUGUGUAAGGAUUGAUUUUUCACAAAAACUUGUUCCGGGAGUGUGGAUCAAUGGGAUCCAGGGGAGAUUUUUUCAAAGAAUUGAGUACGAGGGCCUUACAAUUUUUUGUUUCGAUUGCGGUUAUAUUGGCCACGCCAAUGGUAAGUGCCCGUCCAAGAGCCAACGGGGAAGACCGUCCCCAUCCAGUUCCCGAGUCCCACAGCACACCCAAGCUUCACCUGAGGGAUUACCCGUGAAGGAUCCACCUCCGGGGUCGGGACAACCUAUUGGCAAUGGGCCUAUGGACAAAGAAGAGCAAGAGGAGGAUUCUCUUGGUGAAUGGAAUGUGGUUACCCGCAAGAAGAAAGGCAAACAGAAGGGGCCAAGUGUGCCUUCGGCAAAUGGGCAGAGCAAGAAAACUGAUCAGAACGUGCCUCCCCCUAGGGUACUCAUGGAAGUCCAGCAGCAAAUGGAGGAGAUCUCCAACAGAAUUGUAAACCCGAGCAACCGUCUUCCCAAGGAUCAGAGGUUUACUUUCAACGCCGCCAAACCAGCCCAAGAUACUUCACCAUCAACGGUCAACCUUUCCAAACGCCAACACAAGGCACCCAAGACUUUUUUGGAGAAGCAGCUUCUCUAG